UGGAUCUUUUUAUGAAAUUGCAGAAAUUUGUCGUUCCUUACAGAAGUUGAUUGUUGACUGUGACCAUGAUAAUGAUGGUUUGGCAACGCUAAUUAGAAAUCAACAUGGAUUAGAAUAUCUAGAAAUUGCAUCACUAGAAGGUGACGAAUGUACUAAUAUUGGCAAUGCUUUAAAGACACAAGCUGAUACCCUCUCACAUAUUCGAUUAUCAUUCCUUGCAUGCAUAUCGCCAAAAAUUCUGUGGUCCUUUAUAAACCUAAAGACAUUACAAUUUGAUCUGAUUGACCUUGGCGCUUCAUAUGUUAAAGAGAUAUUAGAACAAGCAAAUUUUCCAUAUCUCGAAAUACUUGAUAUAUUUGGUCUUAAAUGUGAACUUCAUAUUAGUCUUCUUACAAGGUUGAUUAAGCAAACCCAACAUACAUUGCAAAGAAUAUAUUGGAAUGAAGUCACAAAACCAAUAGAAGAAGAUUUACGAUCAUAUCUUGAAGCUAUUGCUCGAAAUUGUCCAAAGCUUAAAUUCAUUACUAUUCCUUACAUGAACCAAGUCAAGGAUCUUCUUGGCAAUUUAUUGAUAUCCUGUCAGCAAUUAGAAGGUAUCAAAAUAGUAAUUUGCGAAAAGGUUGAUGCAAAUUGGGUAUUCGAAUGUUUAGGGAAAAAAUCAUCAAAAAAUUUACACUUGAUAAAUUUACCAGAAGGAUGGUGGUUCUCACACUCAGAGUUAGAGGCAUUUUUUAAAAUGUGGAAAGAAAGAAGACCGAUGAUAUUCAUUUCACCAAAAGAUACAAUGCAAGACAGAAAAAUAACUGGAGUCAUCGAAAAGUAUUUGCAAGUGAGGACAAUCAAAAAACAUAUAGACAUAGGAUUCGACAUGAAUCAUAUAC